AUGCGCCGCUCUCAGGCAUCCUUCUUCCGUGUCGCUGUGCUCGGUGCUGCCGGUGGCAUCGGCCAGCCCUUGUCGCUCCUUCUCAAAAAUAACAAGUACGUGAAGGAGCUGAAACUGUACGAUAUCAAGGGCGCCCCUGGUGUGGCUGCAGACCUCUCCCACAUCUACACCCCAGCGAAGGUGUUUGAGUACACGAAGGACGAGCUCUCAAAGGCAGUCGAGGACGCUGACCUUGUGGUGAUUCCCGCUGGCGUGCCCCGUAAGCCGGGGAUGACGCGCGACGACCUCUUCAACACGAAUGCCAGCAUCGUGCGCGAUCUCUCAAAGGCUGUCGGCAAGGCCUCACCGAAGGCUAUCAUCGGUAUCAUCAGCAACCCUGUCAACAGCACUGUGCCCGUGGCUGCUGAGGCGCUGAAGGAGUUCGCGUACGAUCCUGCGCGCCUCUUUGGCGUUACCACACUCGACGCUGUCCGUGCCCGCACCUUCGUCGCAGAGGCGCUCGGCGCAAGCCCGUACGACGUUAACGUCCCUGUUAUUGGCGGGCAUAGCGGUGAGACGAUUGUGCCGCUGCUCUCGGGCUUCCCGUCGCUGUCGGAGGACCAGGUGCGGCAGCUGACGCACCGCAUUCAGUUCGGUGGUGACGAGGUGGUGAAGGCCAAGGAAGGUGCGGGCUCGGCGACGCUGUCCAUGGCGUACGCGGGCAACGAGUGGACGACGGCGAUACUGCGCGCCCUCAAUGGCGAGAAGGGUGUCGUGGUCUGCACGUACGUGCAGAGCUGCGUGGAGCCGUCGUGCGCCUUCUUCAGCUCGCCGGUAUUGCUGGGCAAGCGGGGUGUCGAAAAGAUCUACCCUGUGCCGACGCUGAACAUAUACGAAGAGAAGCUGAUGUCCAAGUGCUUGAAGGUUCUGCCGGGCGACAUCAAGAAGGGCAUCGAGCUCGGCAACUGGUAA